AGAAAUCGAUUUUAACGUUACAGUAAAAAUGACAAAGUAUUGCAAAGUAAAAUCUGAAAUAUCUUGCACCGUAUAAGGUUUUGUGCAACAUGGCACCAAUUAUAACUGGUUAUUUUGUGUUUAAAUCUUAAAAUUUUAUGGUGGUAAAUUGACAAGAGUUGUAAAUAAUUAUCAACCUGUUCUAAUUUUAGUCAGAACACUGUAAUGAAAUAUUGGCUUUAUAAAUUCGUGAUGGUUUAUAAUUAUCAAUUGUAAAUCAAGUUUUUUCAAAAUGGCAGAAAAUCUUUCGAAACGACCUACUAAAGGAAUUUUGAAAUUAUCUAGCAGUUUCGAUAAUCCGGAUCUACCUAGACCAAGUAAAGAAACAAAAUGGGAUGAGAUGAACAUAAUAGCAACAUUGCAUCCAGCGGAAAAAGAUUAUGGUCACAUGAAGAUUGAUGAACCAAAAACCCCAUACAACUAUGAAGGCCUGCACAAUGAAUUUGAAUUUGAUCAAUUAGAUUCUACUGCUGUUGCUGCUAAAUUGGCAGGAGGUAGUAAACCAAAAAUAUUUGAAGAAUCAAGCGAAGAUGAAGAAGAAAAAGAAACACCUGAGGAAAGAGAAAAACGAAAAGCAUUCGAAGCAAAAAGAAAGAGUCAUUAUCGAGAAUGGCAGGUUGUUCAGAUGGCUCGAAAACAAUUACUUGAACAAGAUGAAGAAGAUGAGGAUGAGGACCUUGAACAAAAUGAAGAUAAUGAAGAAGAUGUAGAAAAAGAAGACGGUGGUUCUUUUCCUUCAGAAGAACAAAUCAAUUUUGAUGUUAGAUUCAAAUGCAUGCCAUCCUGUGAUACAACAGAACAAAAAUGAUAUGAUAACGAACGUUCAUUAAUAAUAUUGGUCGCUGAAACUUAGAAUUCAUUUAUUCGACAUUUUGAGUUUAUGAAACAUUUAUUCGCCAUUAUAUGACAGUUGAUAGAUAAAGUAAUUCUCUAACUACUCUAACAAUAAUAUCUGUUUUAAAUUAGUUAAACGAUUAAGUUAAUAAAUUUUUUUAAUUGAUCGA